AUGAUUUCCUACGGAUGUUUUUCAGACACAAGUCACCAGGCUCGCUUGUUAUCCAAUCGGCCUUGCUACACGCUGCCCGCCAGUAGCCAUGAGCGGCGCUCUGUCCUGGCCAUCGCUGAGCCCCCACGUUUCCACCCCCAGGCCAAAGGCAAGAACGUACGCCUGGAUUCCCACUCCCGCAAGGCCACCCGAAGGAACAGUUUCUGCAAUGGGGUCACGUUCACCAACCGGCCCAUCCACCUUUAUGAGAAAGUGCGACUGAAGCUGGUGGCCGUGCACCACGGGUGGAGCGGGGCGCUGCGCUUCGGCUUCACCAUCCAUGACCCGUCGCAGAUGAACUCCGACGACAUACCAAAGUAUGCCUGCCCAGACCUGGUGACGAGGCCGGGCUACUGGGCCAAAGCUUUGCCGGAGAGAUUUGCACUGAGGGACAACAUCCUGGCCUACUGGGUUGACCGUCAUGGGAGAGUGUUCUAUAGCAUUAAUGACGAGGAUCCCAUAUUGUUUCACUGUGGCAUUAAAGUCUCCGGACCCCUCUGGGCCCUCAUAGAUGUCUAUGGAAUUACCCACGAAGUGCAGAUUCUAGAUAGCAUGUUUGCCGAGACCAUGGCCUCCUCUCGUCUCAGUAACACGAGGUUCAGCACAUGCAUCCCACAAAGUAACCACGACUCGGCCAACUUCAACAACAACGAACUGGAGAACAACCAGGUAGUAGCCAAAAUCAGCAACUUAAACCUGAGCCGGGUCCCAGGAGCAUCCACGGACAACCACGUUAUCCCCUGCUGUCCCAACAGGCGUUCUCGGGGUCACGGGGUACCAGCCUUUUUAGAUACAGACCUCCACUUCCACCCGACCCGGGGGCCCGACGUCACCUUCUCUCAGGACCGGAUGGCAGCCUGCACCAACUGGCAAGAAAGCAAUAGGACUUUGGUGUUUUCGGACCGGCCUUUACAUAUCGGAGAGAACCUCUUUGUUGAGGUUGGACACCUGGGGCUGCCCUAUUACGGGGCCCUCUCCUUCGGCAUCACUUCCUGUGACCCAGGGACACUAAGGACCAAUGAGCUCCCCGCGGAUCCUGACUCACUGUUGGACCGCAAGGAGUAUUGGGUGAUCUACCGCGCGUUCCCCGUCUUCAGCAGUGGGGAUGUCCUUAACUUCAUAGUAUUGCCAAAUGGGGAAGUGCAUCAUGGUGUGAAUGGCAACAACCGAGGAAUGCUGAUGUAUGUGGAUACCUCACAGUCUCUUUGGGUGUUUUUUACAAUUCACGGAGUAAUCAAUCAGCUCAAGAUUUUGGGCACCUUGCAGUCUAGCCCAGUGACUGCUUCUCCCUCAGGAUCCCCCAGUGGCUCACAGUACGACAGUGACUCAGACAUGGCCUUCAGUGUGAACAGGUCCUCUUCAGCUUCCGAGUCCUCACUAGUGACUGCUCCAAGCUCUCCUUUGAGCCCCCCCACAUCGCCUGCAUUCUCUCCUCCGGAGCCUCCGAGCAACAAGAAUGGCGAGUGCACCAUCUGCUUUGACAGUGAAGUUGACAUGGUCAUCUACACCUGUGGCCACAUGUGCCUCUGCCACACCUGCGGUCUUAAACUGAGGAAGCAGCCCAAUGCCUGCUGCCCAAUCUGUCGACGCACCAUCAAGGAUGUCAUUAAGAUCUACCGGCCUUAGCCCCUCGGUCACACCCUGAGUCCACCAUCACGUGAGAGUGGGCAAAGGGGCUUUGCUAAGCAACCCCAGAACCAUGCCUUGCCACCCACUGCCAGUGGCUGGUCCCUGGUUACACCAAGAGGUUUCCCCACCUCUUCUCGUGUGUUUUUAAUGGUAGGAAAAUCAGGGAUCUGGCCUAGCUGAGGAACUCAACAAAGGGUCUGCGGGAGGAGGGGGGUAGCUGCUUCUGGUAAGAUAAUACUUUUCCUAAAGAUGUUGUUACCGUCCUAUAGAUGAUCACAGGCAUUGUCACAGGUAAUCACUGUAGCAUACAUCGUUGCCCUCUCUAAGACCAGCUAGGCAAGUGGCAACCUCUGUGCAAUGAUUUUGGGGGAUGGCUCCAUUGAGUGUGUGUUCGUACAGAGGCAGAGAGUAGGGAGAGUGAAGCAAAAAGGGAGAAGAGCUAGGAGACAGUGAAGGGGGGGGGGGGAAGCAAGAGAGAGUGAAAGAGAGAGGCUGUGAGAGAUUGUGAGAAUGAGAGAGUGAAAAAAAGAGACAGUGAGAGAGAAUGAGAGAAUGAAUGUUUAGGAGUUCCCUGACACCAUCCGAGCUCUCUCCAGAGGCGCAGAGUCUCAAAGAACACCGAAGGACUUGAGGACCAGCUACAAGCAAGUGCUUAUGUCCCUUUCCACGUUCUUUCACUUUUCAGAGGCUGUUGUAUGACUGUUGUAUGAAUGACUAGUGGACAUUUUCAG